AUGGUGAUGAGAUAUCUUGGUGCCAGAUCCAUUAAAUUGGCUUCAAAUCCAAUUAGAACAAGACUAAUAACACCGAGACCAGCAUUUUACGUUCCUAGAAGAUUCGCAGGUGAUGAUAUCCAAAAAAAAGACAUCGAAGCUGGUGAAUCGGUUGAUGCAAAUGAAACUGGUGUUAUUGAGAAAGAUGAUCAAGAAACAAUGCUUUACUUUGACCAUGUGUUACCAUUCCGUUCAAGUAUAUGGGAUGUUAGACAAUGGAUCUCAUAUGUGAUUGUAUCUGAUAAGAGACCUGAGGCUAUUCAAUCCCAUGUCAUGAAACUUGCAAACCCUGAAGAAAAUGGGAGUGUCUCAAUUCCAGGCUUAGAAAUUACAAAAUUAGUUCCUAUCAAGAGAGAUGGUGGUGCUUUUGUGAAAUUUAAGGUUCCUCCAAACUAUACUGUUUCUGAAUUGAAUUCCAAGAUCCAACAAAAUACUGUUAAAGAAAGUAAACAUGGCUUAUUGAAUUGGAUAACCCAAUCUGCAGCUUUCCCUGUGAAGGGUGUUCCAUGGAUUGAAGAUUUAAGAAGAUUUCCAAAUAGAACCAUCAAAGUUAAAUUCACUGGUCCAGCAUUGAGUGAGGAAGAGUUAUAUUCAUUGUUUAGAAGAUAUGGUACAAUUUAUGACAUCAAACCCGCAUCAGAAGAAGAUAAGAAGGCAACUGUGAUUUUCAGAUCUUUUAGAGGUGCCAUUUGUUCCAAAAAUUGUAUUACAGGUAUGAAAUUGAAUGAUACUACAUUACAUAUCCAAUACGAGAAAUAUAAUAGUAAGAAUGUGUUGAUUGAUUGGUUAGUUAAUCACACUAGAAUUGCAAUUCCUUUAAUAUUGGCCGUUCUUGCAACAUUGGCAGUUGUUAUUUUUGAUCCAAUCAGAGAGUUCUGUAUUGAAAACAAGAUUACAAACAAAUUCAUUUUGAGUAAAAAGAAUUCUGUUGUGAAAUGGGUGAAUGAUCUUACAAACACCACAAUCAGUUCAUUCCAAAAAUUGAUUGGUCAAGAUGCUAAAGGUGGUCCAAGAAGAGGUUUAUGGUCCGAGAGAUUAGAUAUUGUUAAAGAAUUGAAAUUAUGGAUUGAGGAAAAUGUCAACACUUUUAUCAUUGUUAGAGGUCCAAGAGGUACUGGUAAACAUGAAUUAGUUAUGCAACAUGCACUUCAUGAUCGUGAUAACAUUUUAUACAUUGAUUGUGAUAAGCUAGUGAAAUCAAGAACCGAUUCUCAAUUCAUUUCUAACGCUGCUCAUGAAGUUGGUUAUUUCCCUGUGUUCCCAUGGUUGAAUUCAUUCUCAAAUGUUAUAGAUUUAGGUGUUCAAGGGUUAACUGGUCAAAAAUCUGGAUUCGCAGAGUCAAAAGAUGUUCAAUUCAGAAAUAUAUUAUCAAGUGUAUUGAUAGCGGUCAGAAAUAUCUCAUUAUCAGGUUAUAAAGCAAUUAUCGGUUCUGGUGAAAACGCAACCCCUGUGAAAGAGGAAGAUUUCUUACAACAACAUCCUGAAAAGAAACCAGUUAUUGUUAUUGAUAGAUUCUCCACUACUAAUAAAUCUGAAAGUAAUGCCUUUGUCUAUAAAGAAUUGGCUGACUGGACUGCAAUGUUGAUUUCAAUGAACUUGGCACAUGUUAUCUUUUUGACAGAAGAUGUUGGCACUUCUCAAUUCUUAUCAGAAUCCUUACCUGACCAAGUGUUCAAAACAAUUGGAUUAUCUGAUGCAUCGCAUGAAUCUGCUAAAUCCUAUGUAUUGGGCCAAUUACAAGAUGAUAAUGUCGCAGAUACUUCAGAUGAUGAAAAUUUGCAAGAAAAGAAACUUGAUGCAGUGAAAUUACACUCAAUUUCUAAGGAUUUAGAUAAAGCAUUGGGACCAAUCGGUGGUAGAAUGUUAGAUUUACAAGCUUUUGUAAGACGUGUGAAAUCUGGGGAAGCUCCAUUAGAAGCUUUGGAUAGAAUGGUUAGUCAAACAGCGGAACAAAUUACACAAAUUUUCCUUUCAAAAGAUCAAGGAAUGAAAAAUGCUCAAGCUUGGGAAUUGAUGAAAUUGUUAGCUGAAAAUGAAGAAGUUAGUUUUAAGAAGCUGAUUUACAAUCCAUUGUUCAAAUCUGCACCAGAAUCUGGCUUAAUUGAAUUGGAACGUAAUGGAUUGAUUGGUAUUUCAAGGGAUCGUGGUAUCAUGGAUAAAAUUGUCCCAGCUAAACCAAUCUAUAGAGCUGCAUUCCAAAACUUGGUUAAAGAUCAAUCAGUAUCAAAAGUAUUGGAAACUGCAUAUUUAUUGAAAAUCAUUAGUGCAGAAACUCAAAAGAUUCAGAAAUUUGAGGAAGAAGUUCAAAAAUUAUCAUAUUUUGCAAAUGAGAGAGCAUUUAGAGGAAGAUUAUCUUAUCUAGCUGAUAAGAUUGACUUAUCAAAUGAAAACAUCAUCAAGGCAGAAGCUGCAAUCAAGGCAUUUUCUAAAUGA